AUCGGUCCAACAUGACUGUUGCCAUAAUCUAUAUGACAUUAGACUUUGGUUAUACAUCAACGACUCAAGGUUUUAUAUUGUCUUCAUUUUUUUUUGGUUAUUUAACAACACAAAUUUUAGGUGGUGUACUUGCCGAUAAAUAUGGUGGAAAAUGGGUAUUAG